AAGGGCGCGCGGCCGGGAUUGGCCUUCUCCGCAGAGCCGCGCUCAGCCGGCGGCGGAAGUGCCGCACCGGAAGUGCGUCGUCUGAGCGCGCCACUGGGGCGUCGCGUGAAGCCUGGAAGGAGGCCGGAGGUGCUGGUAUGGCUUCCAGCGGGGUCCCGGUGGGCGCUGCCGGCUCGGCAAACGAAACCCCCGAAAUUCCGGACAACGUGGGAGACUGGCUGCGGGGCGUGUACCGCUUUGCCACCGAUAGGAAUGACUUUCGGAGGAACUUGAUCCUCAAUUUGGGACUCUUCGCCGCAGGAGUUUGGCUGGCCAGGAACUUGAGUGACAUUGAUCUAAUGGCACCUCAGCCAGGAGUGUAGCCGUAUAGGUAUUUGAAUCUUUCAGCAGUUUCUGAUGCCACCUGUUGUCAUCUGAUUGCAGGCAAGUGAAAUUCCUACACUGUAGCCAAACCUCCAAAAUGAGGGCCUCCAGUCUGUGACCAGCACGAGAUACACUGAUGGCAGCUGAAGCUGACUCAUGGGGGCCCUUCCUCUUCUCUUCCCUCCUCAGACUGCGUUGUCUGCGUAGCAGCUGGCCACAGCUAGUGUCGCCUCUGUUCUGUAAA